AUGUCGACCAAGACCUUGGAGGCUCGGACAUUCCUGCUUCGAUGCAGAAGAGCUUACAGUUCGACCCCCAGACUCAACCAGGGUCUACGUCCAGCCACGGCACCCAAACAGCAUCCUCAACUCAGCCAGAUCCGAGACAAUGUCGAGCUCUAUGAACACAAUGUCGUGGUGCGGAGCUACCAUGGUCACAAACACAUACCACGACAGGUUGCAGAGAAUGUUAGGAAGAUGACAGACCUCGACCGGCGCAUGAACGGGCCGCGACAGACUCUCAAUGAGCUACAAAAGCAAAUGAAUACAUCAAAAGGAGACAAGGCUCAGCUCGUGGCGCAAAUGCGCGAGAUCAAAAAGAACAUUACUGCAUUGGAAUCCGAACGCGAGAGGCUGGGCGAGGAGACGCACACCAUGGCCUUGUCGCUACCAAACCUGACUUCCUCGGAGACGCCGACGAACGGCGAACCCAGACUACGGUCGUACAUCAACUAUGACCCGGAGACUCCUCCCAAAUACAGCCAGUCAGCGGACCAUUCGACCAUUGGAGAGAAGCUGAGGAUACUGGACUUCUCAUCGGCAGCAGGCACAUCAGGUUGGGGCUUCUACUACCUGCUCAACGAAGCCGCUCUGCUUGAGCAAGCCCUGGUCCAGUAUGCAUUAUCAGUCGCCAUGAAACACGGCUGGUCCGUGGCCGCGCCGCCUUCCCUCGUGUACUCCUACAUGGCCGCGGCGUGCGGGUUCCAGCCCCGCGACCAGAACGACGAACAGCAAAUCUGGCAAGUGGCCCAACUGGCCAAGGACGCCGGCAAGCCGACCAGGAGCCUAGCCGCCACGGCUGAGAUCCCCUUGGCUGGAAUGUACGCUGGAAAAAAUAUACCGGAGCAGCAACUGCCGCUGAAGCUGGUGGGGUCUAGUCGAUGUUUCCGCGCCGAAGCCGGGGCCAGGGGCGUCGACACAAAGGGUCUCUAUCGGGUCCAUGAGUUCACUAAAGUGGAAAUGUUCGCAUGGACGGAUGCCCCUUCUCCCACUGAAGGACUUCCGGAAGAGUCGAGGCUGGUGCAGCAUUCCGCAAAGGUCUUCAAUGAGAUGGUCGACAUACAGAAAGAAAUCCUGUCGUCGCUCGGCUUACCCUGUCGGGUUCUGGAGAUGCCUUCUUCCGACCUUGGUGCCAGUGCGUAUCACAAAAUCGACAUCGAGGCAAUGUUCCCCUCGAGGAAGAGCAGAUACAACGGCUGGGGCGAGGUCACUUCUGCCUCUAUCUGUACCGAUUAUCAGAGUCGGCGGUUGGACACUAGGGUCUUGGAGCCUAGUGGCGGCAGGAAGAAAUUCGCCCAUACUGUUAACGGGACGGCCAUGGCGGUUCCCAGAGUCCUUGCUGCCAUUUUGGAGAAUGGAUGGCGGGAGGACCAGGGGUGUGUGAUUAUUCCCGAAGUCUUGAGACCGUAUAUGGGAGGUAUGGAGAAGAUUGGGCCGCGGUGA